CGUCGUGGAGUGGGAGGCCAGCCACGGAAGAAUUUCUCGACGCAACCAUUUUCGCUGCUGCCAAAUUUCCGGCAUGGCAUCAGAAGCUGGCACGCCGACCAUCAAACGCCGCGGGAGUGCGAACGAAUGCCCGAAGAGAAUGGCGCCGUCAUCCGACGUGGCGAUCGAUGGCAACGACGACCUGAUAACCGAGAUCCUGAGGCGCCUCCCGGCUAAGUCCCUUCUCAGAUUCCGAAGCGUGUCCAAGCGAUGGUUUUCUCUCAUCUCCCACCCCGAUUUCACCGUCCUCUGGACCAAAUCCAACUGCAAUUCCACGUCCGGCCUCUUCUUGCGCUCCUUAUCUCACUCUUCCACCCCAACUUUCCAUUAUAUUCCUCUCAAUAGUCCCAACCCUAACCAACCAAACUUCACGUCUCUCGAUUUCGUUCCCGAUCAGCCCCAAGGCAUCGACAUCAUACAGUCAUGCAAUGGCUUGCUCCUUUGCUCCGCUUUCCGGUUGCGCCACCACUCCUGCAGUUACUACGUCUAUAAUCCCACCACCCACAAAUUCAUCGCCCUGCCCAACCCUCGGCCCUUCGGCUUCGAGAAUCGGAUCGUUCGCGGUGUCAGCUUGGCAUUCGAUCCCUCAGAAUCAGCUCACUACAAAGUAGUUUGCAUUUUCUCGCAUAGCUCGCUGUUGCGGGGCACUUACUGGGUCCAAAUCUAUUCUUCGGAGACCCGCAGUUGGGAACUUUACGAUGAUCUUGUUUUGGGACCUUUUGAUAUGGUGUUUGAUAGUGGGGUCUUCUGGAAUCAUGCGAUUCAUUGGCUGAGUCGUGAAUCGGACACUUCUUUUUGCUUUGAUGUGGAUGGUGAGUGUCCCCAGACAACACCAAUGCCCCCAUUGAAGGAGGGCGAGAAAGAAAGAAAUUUCGGUUAUUUUGGAGAGUCGAGAGGCCAUUUGCAUCUUGUUUUGUCUUGUGGUUCUCAAACUGCACUGGUUGAUGUUUUUGAGAUGGCAACGGACUACUCUAAGUGGUGCCUUAUUUACCGAGUUGACUUUGAUGCCGUUCUAACUUCAUUUCUUGAGAAGCAGUUGGACUUCUCCGUUCCGUUGGAUUAUUGCAAGUUCUCUGUACUUACUGUUCUUAGUGGAGUGUCCGAAGAUGACUUAGUCUUGGUGGUAUAUAUACCCGGUAAGGCUAUUUCAUAUAAUCUCAAGGAUAAAUAUCUCGAGAAGCUUUCUGAUUUGAGGAUGCACAGUAAUGAUGAAUACAUUUCAUCAAACUGUAGAUGGGUCGUUGCUCAUCAGUAUGUUGAGAGCCUCUUUUCUGUUUAAUGAUUAAAACCUUAGUUUUUGAUUUCUCUCUUGCUUGUAUUUCAACCAUUUCUUUGGUGCUAAUAUGUCUCAAGUUUCUAUAUAAAAUUUAUAACUUUACAAGCUGCAUUUUGUAUUUUUUCUCAAAAGGAAUUUGGAUUUCAGCAGGUGGCUUCUUU